AUGAAAAAACUUAAGAAAUUAAUGUAUGGAUAUAUUGAUUAUGAAGGCCAAACAACCUCAGAGAUUCUUGCCAAUGUCAUUGUUGUUGUUUUUUCGAUAAUUGCGUAUAUUGUUGGAUUUCUUCUGCAGAACCUGAUAAUUACUCUUUAUAUCUUUGUUAUUGGGAUUUUAGUAUCGCUUCUAAUUAUUAUUCCACCCUGGUCGAUUUAUAACACGCAUCCUAUUAAAUGGUACCAGCCAUUGAAAUCUCAAAAAAAAGCGUGA